AAUCGCGUAAUGGCGGACGCGGACCGGAGUAGCACAGCUGGGGGCGUAGCGCGUUGAGGGGGUCCAGCUGUGUGGCCGCCCUGAGAGUCGGUCGGUAGGAACAGACCCUGUUCGGAGACUGGGUGGGAGGCCGGCCCUUCCUGUGUCUGAGGGCGACUGAGCAAGUCCAGAUACCAUUUGUCAAGUUGAAAAAAUUCAUCUAUUCUUGAUUUGAGUGAGACAGAAGGAGGUGGCGUGAGUAAAUGAAUGAAUUACUAAAGAUUGAAAUCAGGCCUCUAGUAGACGGUGGUUGUUUUUCAUCAUUCAGAACAUUGCCUGAAGCAGGUCCGCUAUGCCGUUAGUAACUAGGAACAUCGAGCCAAGGCACCUGUGCCGUCAGAAGUUGCCUAGCGUUAGAAACGAGCUGGAAUGCGUGACCAACAUCGACCUGGCAAAUGUCAUCCGACAGCUGGGCAGCCUGAGUAAAAAUGCAGAGGACAUUUUUGGAGAGCUCUUUACUCUGGCAGAAACCUUUGCGUCUCGGGUAAGCUCACUUGGUGAGAGGGUCGACCGACUACAAGUUAAAGUUACUCAGCUGGAUCCUAAGGAAGAGGAAGUGUCACUACAAGGAAUCAACACCCGAAAGGCCUUCAGAAGCUCUACCAUACAAGACCAGAAGCUUUUUGACAGAAAUUCUCUCCCAAUGCCUAUCUUAGAAACCUACAGUACCUGUGAUACUCCUCCUCCUCUUAAUAACCUUACCCCUUACAGGGAUGAUGGAAAAGAGGCACUCAAAUUCUAUACCAACCCUUCAUACUUCUUUGAUCUUUGGAAGGAGAAGAUGCUGCAGGACACCAAGGAUAUCAUGAAAGAGAAGAGAAAGCAUAGGAAGGAAAAAAAAGAUAAUCCAAAUCGAGGAAAUGUAAACCCACGUAAAAUCAAGACACGUAAAGAAGAGUGGGAAAAAAUGAAGAUGGGACAAGAAUUUGUGGAGUCCAAAGAAAAGCUGGGGCUUUCUGGGUACUCUCCUGCCUUGGUGUAUCAGAACGGCAGCAUUGGCUCUGUUGAAAACAUGGAUGCAGGCAGCUAUCCACCACCACCUCAGGCAGACACUGCCUCAUCACCUUCUCCUUCGUUCUCUGAGGACAACUUGCCUCCACCACCAGCAGAGUUCAGCUAUCCAGCAGACAACCAAAGAGCAUCUGUUCUGGCAGCACCCAAAAGAUCCAGCGUGGUCAGCCCAAGCCAUCCGCCCCCAGCUCCUCCUCUGGGCUCUCCACCAGGUCCCAAACCUGGAUUUGCUUCACCACCAGCUCCGCCACCUCCACCUCCGCUGGGGAUCCCACCUCCACCACCGGCUAUGGGAUUUGGAUCUCCAGAAACACCCCCACCGCCUUCACCCCCAUCUUUUCCACCUCACCCUGAUUUUGCUGCCCCUCCACCACCUCCUCCACCACCAGCAGCUGACUACCCAACUCUCCCACCACCUCCCAUCUCUCAGUCAGCUGGAGGAGUGCCUCCCCCCCCACCUCCUCCACCCCCUCCAGGGCCCCCACCCCUCCCCUUCAGUGGCGUGGAUAGCCAGCCUGCUGCACCACCACCACCACCACUUUCUGAUGCCACUAAGCCUAAGUCCUCCUUGCCUGCCGUGAGCGAUGCCCGUAGUGACCUGCUUUCUGCCAUCCGUCAAGGCUUUCAGCUGCGCAGGGUUGAAGAGCAGCGGGAGCAAGAGAAGCGUGACGUGGUGGGCAACGACGUGGCCACCAUCCUGUCACGCCGCAUCGCAGUGGAGUACAGCGACUCUGAAGACGACUCAUCUGAGUUUGACGAGGAUGACUGGUCCGAUUAGCUCUGCUGCCACCACCUCCCUUUACUUUCUUUCCUGCCUGCUUUCUCUGCUACCUAUCCCAGUUGUCCCAUGGGGAGGAAAAGGGAGGAAAAAAGAAUUUCAAGGGGCCAAAGCCUUUCCCAAAGCAACCAAAGACAUAACCAAGUGCUUCCUCCAAAUGAACAUAUUAUUUCUUCUUCCCACUGUCAGGCCCAUGGGAUUCCAUAGGUGAAAUGUUCUUCUUCCUUUCUAGUGACUGUUCCUUAGUGAAAGGAAGGAAAAACCCCAAAGAAGAUCCCUUUGAUAGGGAUUCAGUUAGAAAUAGUGCCUUCCCUAGGAGCCAUUUUCCUUUGUGGCCUUUUCCCAAAACCCUUGACCUUCCUUAGUGCUAUUUCAAAUCAUGACUUUCAUCUUCUCCUUGGAGGACACAGCCAGCUGCCAGAGGGCAGCAUGUUGAGUGCCCCCAAGCCAGUCUGCUGCACCCCUCUGCCCCACCCUCUGCCCUAAUCAGCAAGGUGAAGCUGCCUCAUUCCCUUUACUCCAGGAGGCGUCAGGCUACUGAAGAAUGUCUUGCCCUCUCUGCCUAGAAGUGACGUCUUUCUAAAGACUGAGGCUGUUGUCUCCUUCCCUGGCUGCCUUUUACUGAGCGAUGUUCAGAUGUCCUGUAGAUGCCCCUCCCUCCCACCUUCCUAGGUGCCUGUAGGCCAUACAGCCAGCCCAGUUUUAACCUCUGAUAUCCAUGACCAAACUAGCUCUGGCACAUGGACCUGGGCCUUUGCCAGUUGUCAGAAGCAAAGCUUAGAGACUUGGAAGUGCAAGACAGAGAGGAUGGUGGAACUCUUGGGAUCCUGCCUGCUUAAAGAUGCUGAGGCCUAGAGAUAGGAAGUGACUUGCACAAGGUCACACAGUUGGGUAGUGAUAGAGCAAGAGCCCAGACUUGCUGAUUCCAAGUCACCUGUGUUUUCUGGGACCAAAUAAUGAGCACCUACUGGAGUCUGGGCAGAGCAGUCUUGGCUGUGUGCUACUCCAGACUUCCCAUAGGUGGAGGUCCCAGUUGGAGGACUUAGGCCUGUGCCAGCUCUGCUAGUGCUGCUCAGACCUUUAUAGCCUCUUUUGUAACCCUUUGUUGCCUUCUUCCAAUCACCAGCCAGCCAUGUGGCCUAGGAGCUGAGCUUCUAGGAGACCAGAAAUGGGAAGAAAAGGAAGGGGUCAGGCAGUUUUGACAGAUGCCGUUGUGAGUGCCACCACAGCUCCUCCUCCCUUUUAUUUUCCCAAUUUAAGCAUAGGUUCUGCCAGCUGUAGAAACUUCAGUCCCUCUGGCUGGCAGCUGCUGCAGGUACCUGCCUGGGGGGACCUGGCAGCGUGAAGAGAGCUGAAAAACAGAGCGACUCAGGGUCCUCCUCUUGUCCCCCUGUCAUUGCAUAUGGUUAUGUUAGUCUGCCCUCACCUCUCUUCCCAGAGCUAAUACACAGGUGCUAUUAUUCAGGAAAAAACUGGUCAGCUCUGGCCAACAGCAAGGUUCCCUCUCUUCUGCCCUAACUGUUAUGUAGCCUCUUACGCUAAAAUCAGCUUCUCCUGACUUCUACAGCUUUCAGAGCCUGAAACAAAGAGAAACAGGAUCUGUCUCUACCCAGCACAGCAAAUGGUUGUAAUAAUUGCCAAAGCCCUUGUAAA